AAAUCGCAACAUAAAUGAAAUAAAUCAAGAAUUGAGAAGAUGGACACCCUUUCAUCUUCCUUCCUCCCAAAAUUUAAUCAAUCCUUUCUACACAAGAUUGAAAAUAAUUAUUCCUUCACAACAUUUCACGAGCCUCUAAACAAGCCUAUUUCGAACAUCUCCGAUGUUUUCAAAUUCAAGAAAAUUAAUCGAAAAGCACAAACGACACCCGAUGAUAAUAAUAAUAAUAACAAUCGCACGAGAAAACCCAAUCCGUUGCUCACAACAUUGUUCAAAUCCAUAGAUGAUUUCACGCUCGGCUCUCUCGACAAAUUUCCCCUUCCUCCGUCGGUCGAUCCCGAAAAAGUACUCACCGGCAACUACGCUCCGGUCGAAAACGAGCUUCCUCCGACCGCAUGUGAGGUGGUGGAGGGCUCGAUUCCAAUUUGCCUUAACGGGGCCUACUUGCGAAACGGGCCGAACCCGCAAUUCUCCCCGCGGGGCCCGUAUCACUUAUUCGACGGCGAUGGAAUGAUUCAAAUGAUCAGAAUCUCUGACGGAAAAGCCACAUUUUGUAGAAGGUAUAUCAAGACUUAUAAAUAUAUGAUGGAGCGUGAUUUGGGGUACCCUAUUAUUCCUAGCUUUUUGUCUUCCUUCAACGGGGUCAUGGCUUCGUUGGCACGUGUGGCAGUCACCGCCGCACGUGUGGUCGCCGGAGAGUUCACUCCGGUGGUCAACGGCUACGGGACUUCCAACAUCAGCGUGGCGGUCAUCGCCGGAAAGCUCUACGCUCUGGGCGAGUCGGAUCUUCCGUACGAGAUUAAAGUGACGGCGGACGGAGAUUUGGUUACGUUAGGCCGGUGUGACUUUGGCGGCGGCGGCGUCGCCGCCGGAGAGGAGUUUUUGGGCAUGACGGCCCACCCGAAGGUGGAUCCCGGCACCGGCGAGGCGUUUGCUUUCAGGUACCACGUCGCUGCUCCGCAUUUGACGUUUUUCAGGAUCGAUUCGGAGGGGAGGAAGCAGGCUGACGUGGCGAUCCGCGCCGUUAAGACGGCGACGGUGGUGCACGAUUUCGCCGUGACGGAGAACUACGCCGUGUUCAACGAGGGGCAGAUGGUGAUAACCCCGGCGGAGAUACUGAGGGGGCGGCGGCCGGUGAGGGUGGACGGAGGGAAGAUUCCGAGGAUUGGGGUGAUCGAGAAGUACGCGAGGGACGAGAGUGGGAUGUGGUGGGUCGACGCGCCGGGGGUGAACAUAUCCCACGCGGUGAACGCGUGGGAGGAGGACGGCGGCGAUACGGUGGUGAUGGUGGUGACUAAUUAUACGACGGUGGAAAUGGUGUUCGACAGGCUGGAUAUGGGGCAGACCACGUUGGAGGAAAUUAGAAUUAAUACGAAGACGAAGAAGAUAAGGAGGCGGCCAUUGUCGGACAGAGUUCUCGACCUCGCCGUCAUUAAUCCCGCCUUUGUCGGAAAGAAGAAUAGGUACGUAUACGCCCCAAUAAUAGAGACGCCGAUGAAGAUAGUAGGUCUCGUGAAAGUCGACAUAUCAUUAUCUUCGGAUGACUCCGUAGUGGGCACCCGUAUGUACGAGCCGGGCUGCACGGGCGGUGAACCAUUUUUCGUCGCGAAUAAUCCGGCGGGCAACGAAGAUGACGGUUUUCUAAUCACAUAUGUAUAUGAUGAGAUAAGUCAAGAGUCAACGUUCUUGGUUAUGGAUGCAAAGUCCCCUAAUCUAGAAAUUGUUGCUGCGGUGAAGAUACCUAGUAGGGUGCCUAAUGGAAUCCAUGGGUUCUUUGUCAAUGAAGAUUGCCUUAGCAAAAUGUGA